AUGACUGACAAGGUCAGAGGGUCUAGCUGGCACACUAGACAAAGUGGUAGGAAAACCAGAGCAGGAGCCACACUUUCCCUUUCACUCAUUUCGCAGUUACCCACCUCUUCCAAGUCCGUCCAGUCCCUCUCCUGCUGCCAUGGCCAAGCGCAAGUCAAAGAAGCCACAACAAGAAGACACUUCCAUUUUGUUGGACUCCCCAGUAGCGCAGUCCAGGGCCUCAGUACCAGCACCAGCACCAGCAGCAGACCGGGUGGUACCACAGUCCAGGAACAAGACAAACUCAUAUGCGUCUUCAGCUCUGUUGUUCAUUAUUAUCUUCACAGUCGGGGCCUCUAUUAUGGGGUGGUGUUGUGCACAACAGCAGCACAGCCUCGACCAGCUGUCAGAGUCUUUCACAACAAUGCAAAAGAGGAUCACAAACCUCCAGCAGGUGAUGGAGAUGACGGACGCACAGACUGACACAGAUUUGGAUGUGGAGAAGAGGAUUUUCGCCCUGGAUGAGGCUCAGAAACAGGCUCAGGAGACGGCUGAGGUUGCUCUGGCCACAGCAGAGAAGCUGAAAAACUCUGACCUCCUCUCGCAGCUUUUGGACCUUCAUGAUGAGAUGGACACCCGAUUGGCUGAGAUAAAGCAGGUGUCGCUGGCCGUCACAAAUAUCCAGGCAAUGUUCAAAAACCAGAGUGAGGAGUUUGAGACUGUGAAGGAGAGCGUAGAGGCCGGGUUGAGCUCCAGCUCAGCACUGGCUGAAAGUGUGGCUGAGUUGGCCAGUGCUGUGGCCAGCACAUGCUCCAGAGUUGAUGAGCAGAUUGCAUCAGUGGAUGCUCUUAAUGCACAGUUAGAGGGACAAGCCUCGGAGCUGAAUGAGCUGAAAGACUCAAUGUACCUCCACAAUGUUGCACUUUAUACAAACAACCAGGAGACGGCUGCAGUAAAGGAGCUUGUCCAGGCCAUGCAAGCUGUGCGUGCCCAGGCACUAGAAGAGAUGCUCAGUUCAGUGCAGAUGACUCUGGAUGAGCAGUUUUUCACUUCACAGACCCUCCACAGCAGUGUCAUGGCUCACCUACAGACUUUUCACACGCAGUUGGCGAAUGCUCCCUCUUGGUCACUGAAGCUUAAAUCAAAUGACGAGGGCCCAGCUGCAGAACAGUUCAUCUCCUCUACCGCACAGAAUGCCACUGAGGUGAAGCUAGAAGAUGUUGAGGAAAAGGCUGAGCAGCAGGAUGCUGAUGAUGAAGCAGAAGAGGAAGCAAAGGAGGAGAACAUGCAGGAAGAGCAGCCCCUGGAACAGGAAGUGGACGGGGACGUUACAGAGGGGCAAGAGGAAGAAGAGAUUACAGAAGAGGAAGAAGAAAUAACACCAGAAGAGCAAGAAGACAUUACAGGACAGAGUGCAGAGUUUGCUGAGGAGACAGCAGAAGACGAGAUCACAGAAGAGACUGUUAACGGCCAUGUUUUGGAUGAAUCUUUGCAAGAGGAGGUAUCUGAAGAAGGUGCCGAAAGAUGGAAGUCUGAAGAGGAAGAGUUGGCUGAAUUAAAUUUUGAGGCCUUCGCGGACGGAAAUGAGGAGGACGAGUAGUUGUACUUGAAAUGCUCCACUAGAUUGAGCACCUGUAAAUCAUUAGUUCCAAAGAAUGUGAUUAAGUCUUACUUAGAUUAAUGGGAACCAUUUUUUACAUGCAGCACAAUUUCUUUAACUAGUAGCCGCAAAUUAUUUGUUUUAUUCUACUUUUGUGGUUGUCUGACAUCUAGAGUGUGUCAGGUGAGGUCCAUCACUGAAACGUAAUGAAUUUCCUAAAACUACCUAUGUCUAAUUCCAGCCUUAGUUUUUAGGGUUUUACUUCUCUUCAACAUACAUAUGUCUUGUAAGAAAUUGUAUAUUGUGACAACAAGUAUUAAUACAUGAUUGCUCUUGUUAAUUCAAUAUGAAAUAUGUGAUCAAAAGAAAAUGGGAAUGAUUGGAAGUAAAAAAUUAAAGUCACAUCUGAAAAUGACUUUACGCAAUAAUGUAAAUUGAGAAUUUCUGUAAAAUAAUUCUAACAAUUUUACUAUGACUGUUUAAAUUGAAUUGGCACAUGAAAUUUGAAGAGGAAAAUGUUAAUUGAAUU